AUGAGUCGCAAUUUCUUCCCUGUUGUCAUGGCCAUUGGUGUCGGUGUAUUUACUGGUAACUAUCUCUUACUGUCGCUUCCGGCUUCAAUUGUUCUACGGCCACUGGUUCUGACGUCAAAUUUCUCCGUAGGCUACUACACCUUCCAGCCAACCUUCCAACAGAUGGCGAUCGAAAAGGAACAAACUCCUCAGCAGUCACAGUCUACCGGUCUGUCUCAUAAGGAGAACAAUGCGCCCUCCAACCCCGCUGCCGAUAACUCAAAGCCCGAAACUCAAGGUAGCAAGUGA